AUGCCUCCGCGCCGCCGCUCCGCCUCCGGCUACCACGGCGUUCGGGCGUGGCCGAGCGGCCGCUUCGACGAGGAAAUCCGCUCUGGCGACGAGCGGAUCCGCCUCGACACGUUCGAUACGACGCACGAGGCGGCGCGGGCGUACGAUGCCAUCGCCUGGCGCGUCGGCCGCUCCCGCAUGACCAUGAACUUUCAUGACGUCUGGACGCGGGAGCAGCUGGCGCCCCCAUCGCCGGUUAUCAUGCGCGAGCAGAAGCGCCGCCGUCGGGAGCUGGAGCAGCGCCUAAUUAUCGUCGAGCGCGACGAGGCCCUCCGCCUCGAGUGGGCGCGGCAAUUCCCUGAAGAUGUCGCCGCCACGGAAGCCUUCUACGCGCAGAAGGAGGAGGAGAAGGCGAAGAAGAAGGCGAGCCGCGACAAGCACCGUGCGGAGUCUGCGCCGGACCGACAAAAUUGA